AUGGGUAAUCUCUCUGAUAUGAAGGUCUCCGCCAUUCUCUCCGCCUUGAUGGCCACCGCCCUCAUCACCGUCGUCCACGCCGCACCAUCCAAACCCCCCUCCGGAAUCGACGAUGACGGUGACGCUCUUCAACGCCUGGUCAUCAACUACAACCACACAACUGCCGCAGCCAUCGUCGCCGAGUACAACAACGCCCUCCACAACAGCAACCUCCGCUCCAACUCCAUCAAGGCCGCAGCCCCCGUCGUAUCCAAGGACAUCCUCCCCUAUUGCGUCGCUCUUUCCCCCAUCAAACCCGUCCGUAUCAAAAUCUACAAGAACCAACAAACCUGCGACGUCAACGGAUUUCGAACCCUCUGGGUGUUCACCGCCCAUAACAAGAAGGACAAACACCACGCCGCGACUCCUGCCUGUAUCGGGUCUGCAUCCAGCCAGGACAGCCACCAGUUGUUCCCUGAGCGGUCCGAGUGUACGGGGAGUAUCUGGAAGCAGGAGUUUGUAUUCUACAUGUCUGGGAAGUACGGGGCCGAGAACCCUGCCGUCGGAGGGGUUCGCGAGACGACAGAAAGAUGGAUUGCCGAUAACGAGAAGAGGAUGCUCAUGUACCCGUACUAUGACGGAAAAAUCCAUUGGUGGACGGACGGAUACCAAGUCGGAUACCGAUCCCGUUGGAGACUUGCCUCCGAUCGCGAGAUGACGAUCCUCAGAGCCGAACUGCCCAAACACGCCGCAGUCAACAAUGGUGUCUCGGUCGUGCCCCCACCCAACGCUGCUACUCAAUGGUGUGCCCAGGACCUAGUCGCGGCCUACAACUGGGGAGCGAUCGUUUCCACCCCCAACACUGUCCCCGGAACGGUCCACCCCUAUUUCCAAUCCGAUGCUACCAGAGACGAGUGCGCGCACUUAGUCCCAAAAUCCUUCAUCCGAAUGGCCCGUGUCAACGUCGACGGGUUCAUCCCGGUCGAGAUUAUGAUCGACAAUAAGGUCCAUGCUGCUGUCUCGAUUAAGGCCGAUACUCCGAUCAUUGCGGCCUAUGUUCGUAUCGCACUUCAAGAGAGUUUGAGAACGGGCGCCCCCUUGCCGGUGGUGGUGGAUCCAGCCCAAAGUGAUUUGAUUAUCACGGUUGUUGCGGGGACUAUUGCUGUCAUUGGCGGGUCUGCUGCCUACCAGCACCCCAUCUAG